UUUUGAGCGCAGAGCGCGUCGGCGUAGCGUGUUAACGGAAGACGACGAAUAAGAAAUCCGAAUUGAUCGGGCCAAAAGCUAUUCACUUCACUUCGCAAGGCGAGAUCAAAGUGUAGAGGCGGUAGAACAUCACGUGUGUGCUUUGAGUGUUAGGCGCCUUUUGAAGUGCGGGAAUAAGCCAAUAAUACGAGUAAAUUUGUGAAAAUUGUGCAAAUGAAACAACAAAAAAACGCGUCUCUCAGACGUUUCGUUUCUGCUUCGUUUACUUCGUUUGCGAACGUGUGUGAGUGCCUGCUACCUGUUUGCUGCGGCGCAAGUGUGCGUGUGAUCGAGGGAGAGUGGAAGAGAGAGAGCGUGCAAAGGUACACCGUUUGUGUGUUACCUGCGCCGACGUAGCGGGAGAGUGGCCAAGAGGAGAGAGCCAGAGAGUGAGAGAGCGAGUUGGUGCUGCUUAAGAAGUGUCAAAAAACUAAAGGCGUCGCUUUCGUUUAAAAAAAAGAAACGUUAAGGCAACAGUCUAAAACAGUAAGCCGCCGCGGGGCAAAGAGAAAUUUGUGUGUGUGCUGCAAAUGAUAAUUAAAUAUUACAUGCCAGCAAAAAAGCUGCAAUUUACAGUAGUAAUUGGAUUGCAUGUCCACCGACCCAACAACAACAAAAACAACAACAGAUGCAAGCGCUACACAACUACAAUUACAAAUAAUAAAACUACAACUACAAGUAAAAGGCGAGGGCAGCGAAAGUGAACUUUUGCUUUUGCAAGAGACGAAGAAAGAGCGAGAGAGAGAAAGAGAAAGAGGGGAGGCUCAGGCUUCCGCUCCCUCAAAGCAAUUUACUCACGUGUCUGUCAAACUGUCUCCAGCUCGAAGCUUCAGCAAGAUAAUUACACUGCCAGUGUCUUUGUGUCUGUCCCGUUCGCACGCUCAUGCACAAGCCGUGAAAGCCCCUGCCUGCAACUGUAAAAAAAAGACUGAUCUCAGCGCAGUCAGCGUCAGCGUCAGCGUAGCCGUCGACGUUUUCAUUAAAGUUGUUUAUGCUGCAAUUUUAAAUACAUGCACUCAACCCCCCACCCGCCACAAUGAACAGAUGCUACCACAGCGAUAGCCAUAAAGUCCCCUGCCCGCCGCAGAAACUCCAGAUGAGCAGCUGUCUCCGCUCUCCGGCUGUAUUCAUGCGCCAGAAAUCGUUUCACACGCUCAACGAGCUGACCAAAUUCUGUCAAUUGAAAGUGUCCCCAACAGGGGCACGGGCAGCAGCGGCGGCAACGGCGGUGGCGACAGCAUCAUCAUCAGCAGUGUCGGUGGCUACCCACGGCACAUUGACUCCGCCUGCGUUACAGCAACGACGGCGUCACAGUCAAUAUGCCUUCGAUGACAACAUCCAGUCGCAGUCGCAGUCGUAUCGGGAGAGCGACACUGAAUCUGUUGCGGAACAGGUCAAGCUGCGACCCAAGGAUCGGAGCCAACAACAGAAGGAUAACUAUCCCACAUACUCUCCAGCGCCGUUGCUGUCCACUCGCUGGUCCGAGCAGCUGACGCAGCAUGCAACGGUAGCCAAGAUACGCACCGCCAUCUCCUGCCACACACAGGACCUGAGAGAGAUGGAGUUCCUUCUGCCGCACUCGACACAGUCGCAUUCGCAGUCACAGCUCAGCAUCUCCCGCCACUCCCAGCCGAAGAAUGCCAAGCUGCGGGAUGACCACGAUGACGAGGAUAAUACCGAUUCUGGCGACUUGGAGACGCCACCACUUGCGGCCGGGGAUGAGAAUACGGCGGCCAAUGUGCAACAGCUCGCCGUGCACCGUCAGCCCGUGCAGCUGAGAACGAAAGUAACCGGCAACAUACCACACCCGCGUGCCAGCAAAAUGUCCAAGAAGCAACAGAAACUGGCCCAAGCCCAGUUCGAAAAGCUGACCCAGAGCAAUCUUCAUCUACAUGCUCUGUUCUCGGCCGUGGAGCAUGGACAUCUGGACAAGGCACGCACCAUACUGGAGUCCACCGAUGUGGAUGUAAAUAGCAUUAAUAAUGAUGGUCUCUCCGCUCUGGAUCUGGCCGUUCUGAGCAACAAUCGCUCCAUGACCAAGAUGCUGCUGCAACAUGGCGCCAUGGAGAGCUCUCAGUUUUCAGCGGAGAACAUCGGCAGCAAGCUGAAUGGCCUGCUGCAGGACGCCGAGUCGCGCAUUCACGAUCUAAGCGGACCGGAGGGCCUCUGUGCGCCCAUUUUCGCUUCGCGGCCCUCCAUCUCGAGCAUCAUAAUUGGCAACUCGAGUGCCUCCGUGACUGGCUGCACGGGCAGCGAGGUGGAGAAACAGAUCGGCAUUUGGGAGCGACGCGUCAAGGGUCUGCGACGACUGCUGCUGGGCUGGGACCAGGCCAGGCCGCCAGAUGCACCCGCCUCGGUGGUCGUAGAUGUCACCGGCGACAAUUCCAUCAGCGUACAAAUCUUGGAGCCCUUCGAGGGUGCCAUUGGCACGAAAUUCAAAGUUCAAUGGUCGACCCGCGCUGACUUCAACAAUGUGGUGGGCGAGAGCGAGCUGCUGGAGUGGGUGAGCUUCCAUGGCACAAUGGGCGCCCAGUGUCACAUAUCCGGCCUCACCCAGGGGCGUCGAUACUUCCUGCGCGCCUCCUGCGGCAAUGUCAAGGGUUGGGGUGCCUAUCGCAGCUCAGUUCCUGCCAGCGUGGUGCCAUCCACCUGGCGGGACUUGGACAAUCGCGAGGACCGAUUUGUGGGUCGCCAUCGUAUUCUGGACAACCUAUUUACGGCCGUGCGUUUGGCCCGACCCGCCGAUGUCUCCGAACUCACGCUGGAUCCUGCGGGCGGACAGCGACGCAAUCCCAAGAAGAAGACGACCAUCAAGCAGCUCUUUUCGGUGGCCUCCAAGUUCCAAAAGACACUCAGAAGGGGCAUCUACUUCUCGUGCAUCGUCCACUGCGACGACAAGGUGCUGGUGACCAGCGAGGACUUUCCGCCCGUCAUCGAGAUCGACGAAUCGUAUCCGAGUGCCCUGCACAUGGACUACUACUGGCUGAUGAAGGUGGCCUGCACCUGGGACGAUGUCAAGUCGCUUCGCUCCGACAUGGAGCGCAAUCUCACGUCCGCCGUUCACUUCCGCACAAAGCUUUUGUCGGCCGUCUGCCAGAUGCAAUCGGCGCUGGGCUUCACGGAUCUCGGCCAGCUGUACUACAAGCCGCUGCGGGACUCGCAGGGCACCGUCGUCCUCACCUGCGUGCAGUCGGUGAAGAGCCAGAAGGCCGUCUCCAUACUCAACUCCCGCUGGCUGCCGGUCAGCAAGUUGCAGAAGAAACUCGGGGCCCUGCACGAGGACUACAACAUCAACGAGCUGCUCAUCUCAUCGAUUGGCGAGCAGAUGCACUACCAGCAGGCGGCACUGCAGCGCCUUGAGCCGGGCCUCUAUCUGGGCUACCUGAAGAUGCAGUGCUCCAUGGACCAGAUCCAGGUGGUGGUGCCCGUGAAGACGCCCAAUGUGCUGCCCCACUGCAAGGUGCGCGAGAACAGCCACAUCACGGCCGAGGAGUGGCAGGUGCUGCAUCGCAGCGGCGAUCCUUUACGCCUUCCAUUGGAAUUCAGUUCGCCCGGGGGCGAGCGUUCGGGCACCACGGAGGUGCAGCGGCUCUUCCUGUACGAUCUCACCAGUGCGAUGCACAAGCUGUUCGCUGGGAUGAACAUCAAGGCCUCGGAGGCCACCACCCACCGCCUCUACGACGUGGAGGUGAUCGAGCACAGUCACGACAUCAGUUUCCUGGUUGUCUGCCCCUCGGCGGAGUCAUCGUGCGCGGUGCCCGGACAGUCGGAGCUGCUGCUGCAGCGUGACGAUCUGGCCAGCCUGAGCAUCCAGGCCUUCGAGAUGAUCCAUCUGCGCACAUACCAGCCGGCCAUUAUACAGAAAUAUGCGCGACUCUCCUGCAUCCUGGAGCUGGACACAGCCCUGGCCACGCACUCGCUGCGCGAGGCCUUCUCCAGCAGCGAACUGCAGGCGGCCAAGGAGCGACUGGCCACGCUGCAGGAGCUCAGCUCCAGCCUGACGCUGGUGUGGAAGAGCGUGCGCUGGCUGAUGGAUGUGGUGGCCUAUGCGCGCAACAAGAGUGCCCAGCCAUCGCUGGCCAUGCGGGAGAUUCUCGACUUUGCGCAGCUGCGGCAGGAUGAGCUGUCCGCGACCGGUUGCCAGUCCAAGCAGCUGCUGCAGCUGCCCGUACGCGAGAGUAAGUUCAACAAGACAGGCACUGGGCGUGGCAGCUGGCCGGGCCCCGGCACCAACGAGGAUCAGUCGCAGGGCAAGCCGGAGCACUCGAAGUCGGAGCAGAAUCUGGGCCUAACUGCCACCACACCAGGGGAGGCCACAACAUCCAAUCAGCAGCAGCAGUCACAAAUGCAACAACAGCAGCAGCAGCAACAGCAACUGCUGCAAGUGUCCACCAGUGAGUACGCGGCAUCCACAUGCUCGGAGGUGUCGCUGCGCAAGAACAGCGGCGACUCCAUGAGCUCCACCUACACGACGCGCAGCUUCUACUCUGCCGUGGACUCCAUUUCGGAUGGGAACAGCAACAGCAGCGUCUUUGCCCUGCCCCCGUCACGCUCCGAUGACACUUUGGCGGAUGCUUUGCGCCACUCGCAGGCGGUGGCGGCCCAGCGGAAGCGCACCAGCUCCAACAUCGCCCAUCACACCACGCCGCUCAUCACGGUGCAUAGUUCCAGCUCGGCUCCGUAUCUGGCCGGAUCGAGUGUGUCGCUGAGGAGCGGCAGCGGCGCCUUUGCCACGGAUCUGGAGCACAAGCCGCUGAAGCCGGCAACGAAGGCGGCAUCCAGUGCCAAUUUGCGCGAGGGUGGACCCUACCUCAAGAGCACCCUAGCCGAGCUGCGGGCUGUGGGUGGCGAGGAGCCGGUGGCCAGCACCUCGAAGGCAUCCUCCACGAAGAGCCUGUCUCGCCAGAGCAGCGAAGAGGACUCGGCCAGCUGCUCCAGCCUGAACACGGAGCAGGUGUCGGGCAUCAUUCAGGUGUACACCGCCUACAAUACCGGACUGGCGAGUGGCACCAGCCUCAAGCUCCACGUAACCCCAAAGACAACCGCCCGCGAGGUCAUCAAUCUGGUGGUCAAGCAGCUCAACAUGGCCGUGGUGCUGAAAGGCAACAAUGGGCCCAUCUACAGUGCCGAUAUGCUGGAGAACUUUUGCCUGGUGGCGGUGAUCGGCGCACGAGAGCGUUGCCUGCGAGAUGACUUCAAGCCGCUGCAGCUGCAGAAUCCCUGGAAGAAGGGACGCCUCUAUGUGCGCAAGAAGCACGAGCUGCUGGCCGCCAUCGAGCACUCCAACCGCAAGUCGCAUUUGAUUUGAGCAAUCGAAGAGAUGAUACAGGAAUCGAAAUAGAAGAAAUAAAUCCGAUCCGACUAUUGUACAUUUGUUUGUGUGUUUGGUUCCACCCGUUCCACAUACCCGCACUCAUCUCACAUCAGCAACGUAUCGCAACGCACCGCUCCACGACACUGAUCGUCGACCAAUUCCCAAAUUAGACUGAAUUACUUAUGUAUGCCCCCCAAACAGAAUGGCAAAAUGAAUGGUAUUAUUAUAUUUUGAAUAGUUUAGCGUUCUACAUAAGACCCACCACCCACACACACAUAUACUAACUAUACUUAAUCCAUUCAAACUACAGAUUGUUGUUAGUUGUUAUAGAUUAAAAGAAAAAAGGAAGAGAAGGGAGAGAGCGAAGAAAAGGUUACACCAAUAUCCAAUUGAGCAUAAAACAUAUAGAUAUGAUUAUGUAGGAGAGUAUUACAUAUGUAUGAGUGGCAUCAAUGUAUUUUAUUGUAUGUAUUUUGGUAGAUUAGUAAACAAAAUGUUUUGAUUGUAUUUUUGUGACAUUUUUAAGGGGCGCACACAAAAUCGAAAGCCCUGCGAGGGAUGUCAAUAUGCAUUUUAAGUGUCUCUCUUGAUGUCUCUCUUGUGCGGUGUGUGUUCCCUGACAAUUGCAAUUCCAUUGGCUUAAUGUUUAAACAAAAUGUAUUAGUAUGUAAUCGGUAUCACAACAAAACAAAACAAAAACUGCAAAUAUUUUUUAAAAAUAUAUUGGCACAACUCGAUGUUGAACAAAAAAAGAAAUCUAGGAAACUUUUAAUUGAAAUUCUAAAGAAUGUGUUUAGUAAAUGUUUAGCUACACGAUGUCCAGACCCACAUAGAUCCUUUCUCUUACAUAUUCUAGUAGUGCUACCAGUAGUGGUAAUCCUCCUCCACACUUUUCCCCCCACUUGCAAAUCGUUCUAUUCAAUUUUCUAUCUACUCGUAUCUCAAUGUGCAGAACAGUAUGUGUGUCUAUAACUAUUCCUAAAGUAAACAAAAAUCCAUAUGGGAAAUCUUACAAUACGAAAUACGAAUACCUUAAGUAAACUAGUGGAAAUUCUUCAGAUAUACAUAUGUACUCUACGUAUUGUUGUGAACCAUAGACAAAGAAUCCGUUUCAUUGUCAAGCUCAUGUUCCCCCCAGUAGAUCACUUUUGUUUGCGACAGCUGUUCGAAUUUAAAUCGAAGGCAGAUGAUAACGAUGGAAUAUACAUUUUGAAUCUUAUGAGAAACUAGACAGUAUCACACUUACUUUAAAUGAAUGUGCAACACACAGCCACACACGAGUCCACAACAGAUAUCGAACUAUUUAAGAUGUCUUCGACCAACAAACGAUUUUUGUACAUUUUUUCUCUUGAUUUUUGACGAGAAAAGAAACAGAAGUGCAGAUUUUGAUACAUUUUUACUAUGGUUUACAAGUGUCCUAGUCGCAGCAACGAAACGAAUGAACCACAUAACGGCCAUGCCCAUGCCCCACUCCCAUUUGCGUUCAUGCAACAGCAGCAGCAUCAGCCCGGUUUCAAAUUUGCAUUACCGACAGCCAAUUGCCACAAUUCAAAUGGUUCCCUCCCCUGGCCCGAUGCCCGGGAAAUGGUCGAGCAGACAACGAAACGAAUGCAAAGCGAAGGCUAAACAAAUUCCAAAUUGAAUGACCAGUUUUUCUGUUUCUGUUUUUUAUUAACUUGGAAUCGGAAUGCCAAUUAAACAAUUUCAAUUGUACUACGAUACAGCGUCCGUCCUCCCUGAGCAAGAGCGUUUGAUUUAACGAAUGUAUUGGAUGCGAAAUGUAUACAGAGUAUUAUUAUCAUUUUUAUUAUGAAUUGCAAUCAAGUGAGAUAGAUUAGUUUUUACGAUGCAAUCUAAUUGUACGAGUAGCUAAUGAGCGGGAAUAUGCAUAACCAUUGUACGGAUAAAGGAAACACCAAGCAAAAUAAAACAAAACACACAAAAAAAGACACACCUGUAAUUAGAUACAUAUGUCCGUAUGAUUGUCAUAGAGGAAGAUGAACCUUAUCAAGUGUAACUCGAACCCAAUUCCAGUACUAAAACAUCCAUUAUCGAUUCCGUGUGUGUAUUAUUGGUGUGUGUUAACUGCUGUAGUAUAUAUUGUAUUGUAUUAUUAUGAUUAUCAAAUGAACAAAUGAACAACAUACUCGUAAUAGAUAAUGUUGAAACAAUGUAAGUGGCGGAAGGAGUCGUCGCGUGUACGAGUAUUGUAGAUUGGAAGUGUAGUCAAACUAAGAAUAAUGUGAGUACCGAAGCAUUCAAAGAAUAUUCAAUUAAAUUAAUAAAGACUCAACAAUUGUUAUGGUGUAA